CCAUAAUUAGCAAAGAUCUUCAUCUAUAUAUAACCUCUUCAAGGCGUGUGUCAUCCACACUUCUCCAAACCUUCCCCUCUUUACUAUCUGAUUAUUCUAACAAAAUCUCCAUAAUUCUCAGUCUACUUUUCUUCCAUGGCUAGCAACCAAACAUCCCUCAAUGAUGCCAAAUUUGCUUUCCCUAUUAAUGAUGUUGAGCAACAAGCGACCUUAGAGAUUGAAACCGAAGACUUUGACUACUCAAAACGAGCACAAUGGCUACGAGCUGCAGUCCUCGGAGCCAAUGAUGGUUUGGUCUCCACCGCAUCAUUGAUGAUGGGUGUGGGGGCUGUGAAACAAGACAUUAAGGUCAUGAUACUAACCGGGUUUGCCGGUUUGGUAGCUGGGGCUUGUAGCAUGGCAAUAGGUGAAUUUGUGUCUGUCCACUCACAACUAGAUAUUGAGUUGGCCCAAAUGAAGAGAGAAAACGAAAGAAGAAAUAAUGGAGGAAAAGAGGAACAAGAAGAGGGAGCCAAGGAGAGUUUGCCAAAUCCAUUGCAAGCAGCUGCAGCUUCAGCUCUUGCCUUUUCAGUUGGUGCAUUAGUGCCAUUGCUAGCCGCUUCUUUCAUAAGAGGGUACAAGGUGAGGCUAGGAGUUGUGGUUGCGGCAGUGACCUUGGCUUUGAUGAUCUUUGGGUGGUUAGGGGCUGUGUUGGGAAAGGCACCAGCUGUUAGGUCAUCACUUAGGGUUUUGGUUGGAGGAUGGCUGGCUAUGGCUAUCACCUUUGGUCUUACCAAGUUGAUUGGAUCAAGUGGACUGUGAAUUAAUUUUCCACUCUCUCCCUUCUAGCUUUCUUUUUUUAUUUUUCCAAGUAAUUUUCGUGCAGCAACCAAGUUGUUUGUCUAGUUUGUUUUCAGUUCUUUCCUUUCCCUUUUUAUCUGGCCGUUGUGACGCCUGUAUGCAUGGGACGUUGAAGGUGGCUUGUUGUAUUAUUACGAACUAGAACCCAAGGAGGGAAGGGGAGUGAAAGUGAUUGGAUUGGAGUAUCAAAUGCUUAUAAAUUGGAAAGAGCUCUCUCUCUCUCUCUCACUCCUCACAUUUGUGAAGGGAAUAUUUAACUGUAAUCACACCAAAGGAAUGCCCCCGCUUGUGAGUUCUAUCCAUCUUUUACUUAAUUUGUGUUA